AUGCGUGUGGGACAUACAUCCCUGGCGCUUCUCUGCGUCGUAGCAGAGACGCUGGCUGCACAUGUCAUCCAUGAGCGAGCCGUGUCAACAAAUGACUGGGCCAAACGGGGCAACAUCAACCCUGAUGGUCUGUUGCCGGUCAGAAUUGGGUUGACUCAGCAGAAUCUAAGCCAAGGACACGACCUGCUCAUGGAAAGAUCUACCCCUGGCCACCCCAAGUAUGGCCAGCAUAUGACACAAGAUGAAGUUUUUAAUCUAUUCGCGCCACACGACGACAGUGUGAAUGCAGUACACAGCUGGCUGGAGUCCGAGGGAAUCCAUCCGAAUCGUGUGUCUCGAUCCAACAAUCUUCAAUGGAUACAAUUUCACGCUACUGUAACGGAGCUUGAGAAACUCGUCAACGCAACUUAUGACAUCUAUGAGCACCCAAGGACGGGUGUUCGUCAUGUUGGUACAGAUGAAUAUUCAAUUCCAGCAGAGCUUAAACCCCACAUCGACAUGAUCACACCUGCCAUUAAAGGGCUGCAGAUUUCCGGACACGUCAAAGAUCAACAAGCGUCUGGAGACACCCAAACUCAAAAUGUUCGCCGACAGUCACAGCAUAAUAUAAUUCCUGCAUCCCCACUCAGUGGCACAGAUGUCACAAACGACUGCAAUGAUUUCGUCACGCCCCGCUGCAUUAGCAAUAUGUAUCGCAUCCCGCUUAACGAAGGAAACUCAAGCAUCAACGGCAAUGAACUGGGUAUUUAUCAGGAGCAGCCGUACAAUCAAAGUGCAUUGACCUGGUACUUUAAGAAGUUCGCGACGUACAUGCCCGGUCACCAGACUCCUAUUUUCAGCUCAAUUGAUGGCGCUCCCAGGUUCAGCGAUGAUAAGACAUCUGGAACAACAGGAGAUGGCCAAGCCAUGCUGGACAUAGAGGUCGCUUAUCCAAUCGUUUGGCCUCAGCGUGUCCGUGUCUUUGGCGUUGACGACGCCUACUAUCAACAUUCAACGCCAAUAGGACUGUUCAACACCUUCCUCGACGCUAUUGACGGUAGCUAUUGCAAUUAUACGGCAUUCAAUAUCACAGGAGAUAGCCCCGAAAACGAUCCGAAAUACCCAGAUUCCAACGGCUACACAGGUGAGAGAAUGUGCGGCACCUUUACACCAACGAAUGUCAUUUCUAUUUCUUAUAGCCCGGAAGAGCGGGUGCAAAGUGUAAACUAUGAUCGACGCCAGUGCAAUGAGUGGAUGAAGCUCAACCUGAUGGGCGUCACGGUAGUCGGCUCAACGGGAGAUUACGGUGUUGCGGGCAACAACAACGAAUGCAUUAGCACCUGGGAGGCAGAAAACAUCUUCAACCCGCUGUCUCUGACAAACUGCCCAUAUGUUCUCGCCGUGGGCUCGACACAAUUAGCACCAGGUGAUCAUGAUGGCAGCGAGGGUUAUGAGAUCGCCCUUCAAACCGCCCCUUACUACUCCGGUGGCGGCUUCUCAAAUAUAUACAGUGCUCCUGUAUGGCAGAAGAGCGCUAUAUAUGCCUAUUUUAAUGACAAUAAUGACGGUGUACCGGGUGAACCGAUAUACCUCUAUUAUAACAUCUCACAGGGCGAUAGGAUCGGCUUAGAUGGCGGUCUCUUUAACAUUGAUGGCCGCGGAUUUCCAGAUAUAUCGGCAAAUGGAGCCAACUUUGUCACUGUUGACGAAGAUGACGUUCAUACCACCAGUGCCAAAUCAGGAUCUGCUCCGCUCAUCGGUGCCAUCAUCACUCGCAUCAACGAAGAACGCUUGAAAGCGAACAUGUCGACAGUCGGGUUUAUCAACCCAGCGAUCUAUGCCAAUACUAGCAUUUUCAAUGAUAUCACACAAGGCAACUCAACCGGCUGUCAGACGCCUGGCUUCGCAGCCUCCAAAGGCUGGGAUCCAGUAACGGGCUUGGGAACUCCAGACUAUCCCAGCAUGUUGGAUUACUUCUUGUCCAUUGGUAAACCGUUCAACAUGGAGACGAAGUAA